GUCAGAUGAUAGAGAAUUCAGAACUCUGCAGCUGUUUCUGUUUCAGUUUCUACUUUACAAAGGCUAGACUUUAAGGUUAUGUUUAUUGAAUUGAAUUUUGCAUUAGUUUGUUGAAAUUAAGAUUUCAAACAAAAUGUAUAUUUAAUUUAGUGUGUAAUAUGAAUUACUGUUUUGAUAUACAAGCAGCUAAUAAAUUGAUGAAUAAUUAGCAUACUAUCAUUAACAAGUAUGGACAGGAAUAUUGCAAAGCUUUUACAGUCAACUCUGACAUUGUACAAUCGCAGGAUAAUAUGCAGUACCAGAAACAAUUCCAACAUUUUCACAAUCGUACAAAGGAAUAAAAGUCAGGGUGGAUUGAAUGUAACUGCUGAUAAAGGUACACUUUCCGGAUUGAAAGCACCGAAAAAGCCGAGAACUUCAUUUGCGACUGGUGCUCUUUUGCUGAGUGUACCGGUAAUAACGUUCUGUUUGGGAACAUGGCAAGUGAGAAGACGAGAAUGGAAGCUGAAGCUUAUGGAAGAUCUAGAAUGGAAAACGAAGCAGCCUCCUAUCGAACUUCCCGAAGAUCUUUCGGAGUUGGAGAACCUGUUGUACAGACGUGUGAAGUUGAGGGGCAGAUUCGACCAUUCGCUAGAAAUGUACCUGGGACCUCGCAGUGUCCUGCAUAACAACUCGGCUGAGUCGGCGGGCAGCGGAGGCCUCAUCUCCACCGAUGUCAGGGAGAGGACAGGGUAUCUGGUUGUUACUCCUUUCGUCCUGGCAGAUAGUGGCAAACGUAUACUAGUCAAUCGAGGCUGGGUGGUUACGAAAAUGGUACCAAAAGAGAGACGAUUGGAAGGCCAGAUAGAAGACGAGGUCGAAUUCACCGGAAUUGUCAGAGAUCACGAAGAAAGAGGAACAUUUGUCGGCAGAAACAUCAAGAGUCUGCGGAUAUUCCAUUACAGAGAUCUGAAAACGAUGUCAGAUCUGGGAGAUACUCUGCCAGUGUAUGUGGAUGCCUGUGAUGAUAGUACUGUACAGGGAGGCCCAAUAGGAGGCCAGACCAAUCUCUCGCUCAGGAACGAGCAUACUUCAUACAUCAUAACAUGGUACAGCUUGAGUGCUAUCACCUUCGUAAUGUGGUUGAAAAUGGUCUUACGAUAAGUCAAGUCAAGGCGGUUACUUGCAUUUGGAAUUGUACAUGUUCUGUAAUUUAAGUUAGUGACUAGUGAAAAUAAAAAAUCUGUUAUUCAAU